UGAGAUUACGAGACGACCCGUGAUCAACACGGCAUUGGAAAAUAAAACGCCCACUAAAAUAUUAGAUUGUAGAGUAAGAACCAGUAUGAGAUCAUGCCAAACAGCUAGCAAGCAUUGUCUGCUAGGAGCAGCUGCAGCAAGUGAAGCCUUUGUGUCUCGGGAAAAAGUCAACUGGUAGAUCUCCAAGAAAGAAAACACCAGAAUUUAUACAGUCGGACUCAGAGAGAGAGUUUGGCUUCUAAACAAGGUUCUAGCUAUUCGGUACUAUUCGGUCAACAGUUCAAAGCAGUGUGAAAACUUCUGUUACUUUAGAAGCGCAGACAAAAACAGAUGUCUGGAAAAGUUGGAAAACAUCUGCUCCAGUUCUGCAAAACAUGGUUGUGUACUCCAGCAUUUGGCCUGAAAGAACUUUGAUGUUCAUGUUAGGAUCAUCACAUUAAAGGAACUUCAGUUUGUGAGUCCGGACAAUUGUGUCGAUGCCAAGAUGCUGUCUACCCAUCACCGUAAAUCCACUGGUCAGUUAGGUCUUCCUCUCACCAAACCUCAUCGGACAUCAUCACUCGCAUCCAUUAGUACGAGAACAUUUGGUAAAAUCCUAAUUAUUGGAGAGAAAUUGAGGCUAAGUUUCCAUUCGUGUGAUCCUGCAAUGGUGAAGGAUAGAAGACAUCACCUACGCAUGUACCCCAAGAGUUUUAUCGGCAAUGAGGCUGUUGAUUGGCUGAUUAAAAACAUCGGUGUCAAGGACAGACCGACGGCGACGCUGAUGCUGAAUAUACUACAGAGCCACAAUGUUGUUCAUCACGUUUGCGACGACCACACUUUUAAGGAUGCGUAUCUUUUUUACCGAUUCCGAGUUGACGAUGGUACCCUGCCGCAGAGCAGAGACACAGAGCUGUACAUCAAAAGUCACCAGUUGUAUCAUGAGUUAACGCAGCUCGGAAACAGUUCCAUCAUGAAGGUACACAAUGAACUGGGAAACAUGUAUGAUAAGAGUUUUUACGGUACCCAGCUGGUGAACUGGCUGGUGAAGAACAGGUCAUGCUCCUCCAGGCAAGAGGCUGUGGGUCUGGGGAAAGAUUUACUGGAGAAUGAUCUCAUUAGACAUGUAACGACAGAGCAUCAUUUUAAGGACGAGCGUCACCUGUAUCAGUUCCAUCCAGAGCUUGCCCGUCUCAAGGUCAUUGACCUCUUGGAGCUGGACGACCGACCUCGAAGCGUGACCUUAGACACUAACACGGUGGCGCACCCGAAAACAAAAUCGCACACGAGACCCUCCCCAACCAAAUCCCUGCCAGACUCGCCAGUGAUUGCCCCAGCCAAUCCAAAGUUUUACCUCGGGAACGGCCCUGAGCAGGACGAUAAUAUGAACUCUGCCAUGUUGGAAAGGAACGCCGUAUCGGAGUCUGACAGUGAGGAUCUGUCAACGAGUUCUGGGUCGCAGGAUAAUCACAUGCCCACCAUGUUUGGUCAACAGAACCCAUCAGUUGCGAUGUUGCUCGACCCGGAGUCACCAUACGUCAAGCGGACUAUUAAAAUCAUCGGAGAUUCAGUUGGAUUUGGAUUCGUUGUCCGAGGUGACGGCCCAUCCUUUGUCCAGACAGUGGACCCUACCGGACCAGCAGCUGCAGCAGGGUUAAAGGUUAAACAGUAUCUGUACUUUGUAAACGGUGAAUACGUCUUGAACAAGAAUCACAUCGAGGUGGCUCACAUUAUUCUCAGGAACACACAGCUAAUAACGAUGGACGUACUGAUGCCAAGAAACCAGGCCUACAAGAAAUAACGGUCGGUCGUUCGUAGAGUUUCCCCCGGAGAUCUUCAAAGUGUCGACUGAGGUGCCUACCCUGCCAGCCCAAGGGGAUAGAUAGAUUUAGUUCCUGUCACUUUGUCCCAAGCCAUCCAAAGAUAUGGAAUAAGCAUGAACACUGCAGGUUUUUGUUCUAUUUUUCUUUCAAGUUUCACAUAUUUUGUGUGAAGUGAGUGUGGUAUCAAAGUCUAAGAGAAAAGGCUUUAUUCUCAAAUGCAGUCCCUUUUUAAUGGGCAAGUUUACCCUCAAGUUAAUAUACUGGUAUUCAUGUUUUAUGUGUGUAAAGAUCAGGUUUUGUGUCAAUAAUUGUGGCCGAACUAAUGCUACAGUGUACCAGCAUUGUUACUCUCGUUGAAUCAAGAUAAGGUACAUCCUGUGUUAUAUUGGCAGUUUUUUACUACCAGUAUACUUGCCCUCUUUGAAUGAAGAUAAAAGAAACUGAACAUCAUUUGUGAUAUCGGCAGCAAUUUAAUAACCAGUUUAUAAGAUCUCUAAAAUCAAGUUUGGGUACAGCAACUUGCCUUUGAAAAGUCGUCUUAAAAAUAUGUGACUUGUAAGUAAGACGGCGUCAGGACGCCUUAUGGCAGCAGCAGAUAAUAAUAAUAAUUGUGGCUUCUUACAUAGCGCACAUGUCCGUCACCCAGUGACGCUCCUGGCGCUUUUGUCCGUCUCCUGGCACUUUUGUCCGUCACCCAGUGACGCUCCUGCCGCUUUAACAUACAGUAUUUCCUGCCAGAUGGGGGACUGCUUUGA